AUGGUGAAGGCUAAUGUCGACAAGGUGAAGCAGCUAAGAGCUUGGGUUCAAAACUAUGAUUGGGGAAGAUGGGGGACCGAGGCACAGGUGGCGAGGCUUUUGGCUUUGAAUUCUGGGUCUGAGAUUAAGCCUGAUAGGCCAUAUGCUGAGUUUUGGAUGGGAAACCAUGACUCAGGGCCAAGUUUUAUGGCUGAUAACAAUGGAGAAGGUGGGAAUUUGAGUUUAAAAGAUUGGAUUUUGAAGAAUCCAAAUGUGCUUGGUCACAAGGUUUUGAAAAAAUGGGGGCAUGAUCUUCUUUUUCUGUUCAAGGUACUUUCAGUGGAAAAACCCCUUUCAAUACAGGCACAUCCGGAUAAAGAAUUGGCCAAAGAAUUGCAUAAGUUGAAGCCAAAUCUCUGUAAGGAUGCUAAUCAUAAACCUAAGAUGGCUUUGGCCAUAACAAAAUUUAGGGCCCUUUGUGGGUUCAUUACUCUUGAGGUCAAGGUUCGUCUCUAA